AUAACUCUGCAGGGUUCUUAGCGUAGUAAUGAAUGACUGUACAGUGAUGUAAUGCUCAGAACGUGAAAACAAAUGAAUAUCCAAAACCGUAGUUGUCAUUGGACUUAUCAGCAAUAUUCUAACCAUCGGAUAAUGGUUUAAAUUCAAAACAACACGCUCCUAUUCGUUCGAUUGUGAAGUCUCCUAUUCCCCCCACGCCGAACGCAGGAAACGGUGUUUGUGGUGGCUCUGUCAGUAUCAACAACGCGAGGGGGAAUGACUUAUUCCACAUUAAGUUAGUAAGCAUCAGGAUAUGAAGUGGUUGUAUGAAAAUGUUGCCGACGGUGAAGCGGGAACCUUUGGAUGAGGACACUGCCGGGGCGUGCUACCACCAGCUGGGCAGUUCUGAUGUCACGGCAGGGAAUAUGGCUUCUGCAAUGGAGCGGCACAUACAUUCAACGAAUGAGAGGUUGCAUUGUAUCAAGGAGGCAUUGGGUACACCAAGUGCAUUUCAAGGAGCAGCUCGAGAGCUUUUAGAGUGGUGUGGUGACCCUAGGGCCUUCCAAAAGGUUUUUGAGCAAAACCUUAUUGGAUGCCUUACGGUGAUCAGUCAAGUCUCGCAAAAACAAGGCUUUGAUCUUGAUCUUGGAUAUAGAAUUCUUGCUGUCUGCGCUGCUCAGAGAGAGAAGUUUUCACCGAAAUCUGCAUCCUUGCUGUCCGUAUGGUGCGAGGAUCUCGGUAGGCUCCUCCUAUUGCGCCACCAGAAGGCCAGAAACGGGGAUUCUACAGCCGACACCCAACCAGCGGAGCCCAGCAAGAUGCACCAGACUCUACAGAAGACCUUGCCAGCUGGAGCCCAGAGCGAUCCGGCCAUGCCGAUGGGCGGUUGGCAGCAGUCUCCAUCGUCGGGGCCUCCUGCCUCGGGCCCUCCGCAGGGCCCCACACAGCAGCAGCUUUCUGUGGUGACGACGGUGUGGGGUGUUGCCACAACAACGCAGAGUGGGCCCCUUGCUCACAGUUCCUUCGGUGCGAACACCAGCACCACGAUCGCCCCCAUGCCUUACUCCCAAGGGACUGCCCCGCAGAGCGGCUAUCCGGCCAAUGGCCCCGUGCCCCCCUCCAAGCCGCCCUACCAGCCACAAUCUAUCAACCCCAGGCAGUCGGGGCCCGGGUACAAUAACUAUAGUGCAAAUCCAAAUCAGAUGAACGCAGCAAUGGGACCGAAUACGAUGGGAAAUGCAGGGCACAAUACUGGUUCAGAAUUUCAAUCAUCCUCAUCUGCACUUAGUGCUGCUGCCUUAGUUGCAGCUGCUGCAACUGCUACGGCCACUGCAACCGCUAGUGUAGUUGCGUUGCAGGAAAGGCAACAGCAGGAAGCUGUUAUGAAUAAUCAAUACAAUCAGGGGAUGCCAAAUCAACAAUUCCAGCAAAGUUAUAAUUCCCAUCAUCAAAGAGUAUCUUCAAAUACUGGAGUUUCCAGUCCUCUAGGAACACAUAUGAACAAUCCUAUGAGUUCCCAUAUGCCUGGAAAUGGUAUGAUGAACAUGCCCAAUAACAUGUCCUCAGUGAAUCCUAUGAACAAUGGCAUGGGCAUGAAUGGCCCAAUGGGCAUGAACAAAACAGCUAUGGGGAUGGGUGGACAAUUACAUCCUUCUAUGUACUCUGGAAACAAUCCAGGAAUUGCCUCUCAGGGCAGAACGAGAGCUUCUCCAUACCCUUGUCCCCAGCAGCACAUGGCUCAGAAGAGGCCAGGACAGUACAACAUGAUGUCGCAACAAUAUGGUCCAGGAAUGCAGUCCUAUGGUUCAAAUCCUCCACAAAAUUAUAAUCCUGGGCAAGGUUGUGUGUGUUGUUCUCAGUAUCCUGGAAACCCACCUCCAUCCCAGUAUGGCAAACAACAGCAGUAUAAUCCACCGCAACAUAUGUCAUCCUCAACAUAUCCAUCUCAACAACAAAUGCGAUCCUCACUUAGGCCUCAGGCUCCCCCCUACAGCAAUCAACCCAGUCAUUACUAUCAUCAAUCACAAAUGAAUGGUGCACCUCCACAGACACAGUAUGAUCCACAUUACACAAAUCAGUUCACCCAGCCAAACAUGCAGAGGAAUAUGAACUACCAGCCUCUGCCAAUUCCAGGGAAUCCUACUCCACCUUUAACACCUGCAUCUGUUGUUCCACCAUAUUUAUCACCCACAGCUGACAUUAAGCCCAAUUUCUCUGAAACUAAACCUUCUCUACCUCCAGCCAAAGAUGAUGAGUUGCGGCUUACGUUUCCCGUCCGAGAUGGUAUCAUCUUAGCUCCAUUCAGGUUGGAACACAACUUAGCUGUAAGCAAUCAUGUCUUCCACUUGAAGCCUUCUGUUCAUCAGACACUUAUGUGGCGGACAGAUUUGGAAUUACAGCUAAAAUGCUUCCAUCAUGAAGACCGGCAGAUGAACACUAAUUGGCCAGCAUCGGUUCAAGUCUCAGUCAAUGCAACUCCAUUAAGCAUAGAUAGAGGAGAAAACAAAGCUUCUCAUAAGCCCUUGUAUCUCAAAGAAGUUUGCCAACCAGGCCGUAACACUAUACAAAUAACUGUUACAGCUUGCUGUUGUUCUCAUCUUUUCCUUUUGCAACUUGUCCAUCGUCCUACAGUUCGUUCUGUGCUUCAAGGCUUGCUUCGAAAGCGUCUUCUGCCAGCAGACCAUUGCGUGGCAAAAAUCAAACGAAACUUUUCUAGUGCCGCAGCAUCAAAUAAUGCCCUCAACAUGGAAGAUGGAGUUGAACAAACUGCAAUCAAAGUUUCUCUCAAAUGUCCUAUUACAUUCAAAAGAAUUACUCUGCCUGCUAGAGGUCAAGAAUGCAAACAUAUACAGUGCUUUGACCUUGAAUCUUAUUUGCAACUGAAUUGUGAACGAGGAGCUUGGCGCUGCCCAGUUUGCAAUAAACCUGCUUUGCUGGAAGGCUUAGAAGUAGAUCAGUAUAUCUGGGGUAUCUUAACUAAUCUCAGUAACUCUGAUGUUGAAGAGGUUACAAUCGAUGGAACUGCAAGCUGGAAACCUGUACCCAUUAAACCUGUCAAAGAAGAGAAUGAUGGAGUUGAAGCCUGCGGUGCCCAAAAACGCUUUAAAGCCAUGUCUCCUAGUAGCAUGACUAUGCCUACAACAUCAGCUUGGGAAAUGGGUCAAGGUCUCUCACCCUAUUCUGCUCUACCUCCUCCUGAUAUGCAAUCAAUUACGAAUGGGCCUGCUCCAAAUGGACCUAUGAUGCCAAAUGGUUCUGGUUAUGGUGGAAAUAGUGGCUAUGAAUUUCAGUCCCAAGCAACUGACUUCAGUAGUCCUUUGUCGCACCUAAAUGAGAGUGUUUCAUCUCUGGAUCCUCUUGCAGCUAUGGAGAAAUCUUUGAGUCAUCAUGAGCAACAAAUGGGACUACCCAAUCUUCAUGACCAAGGAAACCCACCUUUGCGGCAACCUCCUACUACUUCAUCGGACACAGCAUCCACACAACCUUCAUCCAUUCAUCAGGCCAACAACACAACUCCCGGCACCCCCUCCUCCAACCAAAAUCAAAACCUGAUGCAGCAUGGCCCUAACACCCCUCAUACUCCCCAUACACCUCAUACCCCUGGAAAUUCUGGGGGUGGUAGUGGGGGACCACCAAGUGUCCCACCACCAUCUUCAACUUCCCAGCCUGCAGAUGCCAAUGCGACUGGGAAUGGAGCAAAUACUCUGUCUGUUGUUAGUCAGCCCAGUAGUCAAGCCUCUACGAAUAGUGAUUCUUCUCUUUCUCAUGCUCCUGAUCUGGGAGACCUGAAUUUUGAUCCUGCAGCUGUCAUUGAGGGAGAAGGGCAGGGACAAGAAGCCUUAAAUCUGCUGCCUGAAAGUGUGGUUGAUCCUAUGGAACUAUUAUCUUACCUUGACCCACCAGAACUGAGUGGUGGUGGGGUAACUGGUGGUAGCACAGGGAAUGUGACAACAGGAACUGCUACUUCUACCACUGCAACUAGUAGUGGCAAUACCUCAGCGGCAGGAAACGAUGAUCUUCUUGCCCUGUUCGAGUCAUGAACCUCUCAUCAGCAAGAAGGCUGAGAUGUGCUUUAGACAUUCCUUAAAGUCAUCUCUUCUCAAAGUGUUCAAAGAUAGUGUGCCAGUAUUUCUCAUUAUUUUAUUAUUAUUUUUUUCUUUUUAUGUAUGAACAUCAGUUUUGUUUUAAUCAUCAAUUAAAGGAUGGAAUACCAAAAUUUGGACCAUUCUGUCUUAAUAUUCAUGCCAAACUGUCUCGGUAAUUUUAAAGCUAUUCAACAUUUUUGAAUGUAGGUUGCAAUAUUAGCUUUUCAUUUGAAAUGCAAAAAAAAAAGGUCUUGUUAAUUUUUCUGGCACAAUCAUGCUACAUUUUUCAAAUAACACUGGACAAAAAAACGAAACUGUGACCAGAUCGGAACCAAAUUGUCAGUUCAUCAGAAUCGUUUGCAUACAGCUUGUUGUACAGUGCAUAGUUGAAUAAUCUGCGUAAUGUGAUUGAUGCUUCAACAUCAUACAUUGCUUGUUGCACAAUGUUCACCUGUCCUUGAAGUUUUACUGAUACUGUUAUGAAAUUUUUCCCUUCUGUAGAUUAUCACCUUGUAAUAAAUGUACAGCUUCAAUUUUUGAAAGAAAUACCUGUAGAGUGUGAUUUCUGUAGACAUUGUUAAAAAUAUUACACUGGAUACUGUGCAUAUGAAAUCAGUCAUGUCAUGAUGAAGAAGUAAUAUUAUUACUCAGUUUUCUUUUAUGCUUACAAAUUAUUAAUUUUUAAAAAUAACUUUUAGUUAUAAAAAUCUCUUUUUCACUUUUAAUAUUCAGAUACUCUUGUAUAAUAAUCAAAGUGAACUAGUUUCCCAAUGAGGUUUAGUAAUAUUUUUUCUGCAUUUAAAAUAUUAAAAUGUAUGGCAAGAGAUUUUAAAACUGUAUAAAAUUCUGUUUUCAAAUUUUAUGUGGCAGCAAAUUAGGAAUGUGUUUGAAAGGUGACUAAGGUUCUUUAUUUUCACAUUUAAAUAAGUACAAAAAAAUGAAGUUUUUCAAAAUAUGAAUAAUGUUUUAAUUAAUUUCUAUUAAAUGUUUUUGUCUUUUUGUUUAUCAUAGUUAUGCUAUAAUUCUCUGAAACUGAGUUUUGAGAAAUAUAUGUGUUUGCCUCAAUCAUUGUAUUCGUAUUUUAAAAAAUUACAAAAAAAUUUGAUUUCGUAGAUGAAAUAAUUUUCUUCUUAAAAAAAAAAGAUUAUCACAUACAAAAAUAAUUAUUUGUCUUUUUAAACAAAUAUUAUAUAAUUGUAUUAAUUGUAAAUUUUAAUCUGGUUUUGAAUUAUUAGUAAUUUUUAACGAAUAAAAAUUAAUGAUUUUAAUAAAAUAAAACCAUGCUGAAUGAUUUCAUUCCGAACUAUAGAAUCAUUAUAAGUUUGUCCCUUAUACCAUUGACUGAAACAAUAAUUUUACAAAAGUUUUGAAACUGGCAUAUUCAGAAAAAUGCUUCUGAAUUUUUAUAAAUUGCAAAAAAUAAAAAGAAGAAAAAUUCACUUGUUGAUUAAAUAUAGCUAUAAAAAGCAGCAAAUUUUUAAAAAUUUGAUAAAAAUAAAUUGAAAGCUCUAAUCUGGAACUCAUUGUUAGAGCAUCGUCUGUUCCUAAUGUUGUUGCUGUUUUAAUUGAGAACAUUUGAUAGAAUUGUAUUACUAAUACGCAGAAGGGGCACACUUAUUGUACAUAGUAUAAAUAUAGUGUUAUGUAAAUCUUUAGAAGCGUUAAGUUGUGUAAAAAAUGAUCUGGAGAAGGAUGUUAUAUGAUAUGGAAAGUAUGAAAGACUUUGUCUUAAGCCUCAGUUUACCAUGUCCUGCAUAUGCUUUUGGCAAUAGAUUUGAUACUUAGCUAUAAUAGGCAGAAACAUACUUGAAUAUAACUUUAAACCUAAGUGAUAAACAUUGUAAAACUUUUAUUGUAAUUUUAAACAAUUUUAUAAUUAUACGAAUGAGUGUUUUCUGUAGUUAAUGAACAUGAAGAUAUUUUUUUUCCUUGUAGAUUUUAGUCAUGUGAAUAAAUCUCUGUAAAUAUUUAGAAAAAUAAUCAUUUUCAUGCAUAUUUGUAUGCAGAGCUUGCAUCGAAAGAUUGAACUCUCUCUUUGUUUUAUGAAUUUGAAAUUUUCUGUUAGUUUACAUGUAUUCAAAUGUAAUUGAAAUAUUUUGAAUUAGAAUAGACAUAUAUUUAUCUCUGUAAGUAAGCAUGGAGGAAAGAUAGUUUGCAUACUUUUCAUCAUUUUGAACUUUAAUGAUUAAACUGAUAAAUAAGUAUCAAUUCUACUAAAUGGUGUUAACAAUUCUUAAUUUUUUUUUUUUUUUCUUUCUUGCCAGAUAAUAUCUUAUAAAUUUUUUUUAUACUUCUUUUCUUAUUGUAAUAAGUCUUUUAACAUAUGCUUAUUAUAUUUUCUUCAUAUUAUUCAAAAUGUCAAUUACUAAAUGGAUUAUAUUAUUUCAAGUACGAUUGUUUUUAAAAAUUCACAAUUAAUAUUUUCCCCAUUCUUAAUUACACUCCAAAAAUUUUUGCCAUUGUGUUAUAGAUUCAUUAUUAUCAAUUAAUUUUCAUUUCUUCAAACCAAUUGUUUAUUAUUUUAGUCCUUUGUAUGUCUGGAAUAUUUUAUUUAUUGCUUGAAUUAUUUUUAAAAAUUUUACAAUUCUUCAAUUCAAUUUUAUUUUUCACUUUUAAAUUGUCUGACAGAGAAAGGCAAGAUUCUAAUGGAACUCUGUUGUUUACUUUAUUUCUUUUACAUCAUUCAAAAAUCUCUUUUGUCUUAAGAACUUUUGUCAUUUUACAAGACUUUGUUUCAUUUUUUUUUAAUGUAAAUUGCAUGAAUCAUGUUUUUAGAUUACUUACAAUUCCAAUACUUAGAUGCAAGCGCUGUGUACAUUUUUAUGUAUUAAUGUAGAUAUUCAGAAAAAGAAAGUUCAAACAAGAAAGAAUUGAAGUCUCUGUUACCUUUUCAAAUGGUCAGGCAGGACAAACUAUAAGAUAAUACUAAUAAAAAAUGUUUAAUUGUAAUUUCAUAUUCUAAUUUGUGAUGGUCAAAGGUGCAUUAUUUUUCUGAAGGGUAUUUUCUCUCUGAUCUCUCAUUUAACUAAGUACUGUACAUUUUAAAACAUUAACCUACAAAAGUAAAAAAAAAAAAAAGGAAACACAACAAUCUGAAAAGCAAGUGGUUAGUUGUAUUAAAAAUAAUAGUUAUAUUCAUUAGAAAUGAAGUUUGUAAUAACAUUUUUAUAUGUAAAUGCACAUGGUUAGUGUUUUUGUCUUCAUUGAUUUUUAUUGAACAUCAUUACUUUUUUUUCUGUAUGUAAUUAAAGCAAAUUUGUGGAAUUUUAAUAAUUGGAAAUGUAUAUGCUUUAAUGUAGAAAACUAUAUUUGUGUCAUAAAUUUUUUUUAUGUGUGUCAGCAUUUUGGGGGAAUUUUAGAACCAUUCUGAAAAUGCACCUGAACUAGUACUUUCUAAAAAGAAGGGAUAAUUAGUGGUUUCUGUUUGAUCAUUGAACUUCAGAAUUCAUUGUAAAAUGUUGACAUUUUUCGCAGUUUUAAUUCUAUUACCUGUUAGGCAUGGGAGAGAUACCUAACUGACCACUGCUGUACAAAGCUUUGCCCAACCAGUAUUUGUGAUGUGCUGUUUUGUGGUAACAUUGUAUUGGUAGUAAUAGAGAAAUAUUUAUACAAUAAAGAAACUGUAUUGUAUAA